AUGAUACCACCAACACCCUCCUCAGGGUGGAACUUCCUCCUCUUGCUGGUGCUUCCCUUCGUCCAACUUGUAUCCGGUUCAGCCACACGAGUGGAUAGACGAGCCAUCCUAGAACCCGACGCAAAAGUCCCGCCACCCCGACCGGAUUUCCAAUCCCUAAGCCGCGGUCCCUCCUCCCUCAGCUUCCCUCCCUCCUUACCAUCCAACUCCCACUCAUCCCCAACCCACCCGCGACCAAAACCAAAACCUUUCAAACCCGCAACAUCCUUCGAAUUCUCUACCGACGACACACCCGCCGCGGACGAAUGGACCGACCGCCGCGUUCCCUCCGCCUACCUCGCCCCCCACAUCGAGCCCGCAUCAGUGAAUGUUGAGAACUCGAUCGGGAAUGGUGCCGGUGUUGAGAGCUCCAUCGGGAACGGUGCCGGUACGACUAUCCCCUUCACGCGUUGGGGGGCGUUUUUGCCGAAAGGAACUGCGAUGUUGGGUGCUAUUGGGGAGGGAAGGGAACGGUGGGGUGGAGGUGGGAUUAUGAAGGGGUUUACGGGGGGAGAGGGUGGGAAGGGGAGCAGGUUGGUGCCUGCGAGGCCGGUUGUGGGAUAUUUCGGAGGGGUGGUGGGUUGA